AUGCAAAAUAAAGAAAAUAUAAAAAAUAAUACCAAGAAGAAAAUCCUCAUCGCGAGGGUCAGACUGUCCGAAUCCAUUUCCCGGUCGUGCACCGAGCGUCGCCGGCCCGUCGCCGUUAAUCAGAAAGCAACUGCAGAAGGCUUUUCUGCUAAUCUUGCCAAAGUAUCUGCUGUAGCAUCAGUUUCAAAAUGUGGAGUUCAAGAUUCUGCCAAAUUGCUAUCUGCUACAGUGAGGCCUUUACACGGAUUUUGCCAACCCACAAAUCCCGCUGCUGCCUAUAAAGAUGUUACCAUUGGACCUAGCGUGUGGUUAAUUCGAUCAUCAAUGAUACUCUUAGAUAGCAAUGUUACUCCAUUAUAUGGUUAUGGUUUAAAAUUAUCAAGGCAUCUGCACGCGAGUCGGGAGCUUCUCGCCAAGAGAAAGGAGGAUGAUUCAUUGCGUUUAAAAAAUUCUAAGCGAGUGAAAUCCUUCAGCGGCAAGUUCUCCAAGAGAAAAAAAGAGAACAAACCUCCGGUCGAAACUCCUUAUGUGCCUCCCAAGCUGAAAAGGGCUGCCAAGUCUUUGCCGGAUAAGACGAUCGAAAUAUUCGAAGGCAUUACUAUCGGGGAGCUUGCUAAACGUUGUGGAGAGUCUAUACCGACCAUUCAAAACAUAAUUGUGAACGUCGGUGAGAAAGCCGAUUCAGAGUUUGACGGUCUCAGCAUCGACAUAGCUGAGCUGGUUGCAAUGGAAGUCGGGAUAAAUGUGCACAGGCUACACUCAGACGAGGGCGUAGAAAUCCUGCCACGGCCACCAGUAGUCACCGUCAUGGGCCACGUGGACCACGGAAAAACGUCCCUUCUCGAUGCCCUCCGCCAGACGUCCCUUGCCGCCAGGGAGGCUGGCGGCAUUACCCAACACUUGGGUGCAUUUGUCGUCGGCAUGCAGUCGGGCGCAGCCAUCACUUUCCUCGACACGCCAGGUCAUGCAGCCUUCAGCGCCAUGCGGGCUCGUGGGGCUGCAGUCACUGACGUUGUAGUGCUUGUGGUGGCUGCUGACGAUGGCGUGAUGCCCCAGACGCUCGAGGCUAUGGCCCAUGCGAAGGCUGCUGGUGUUCCGGUUGUUGUCGCUAUCAAUAAGUGUGACAAGCGGGAUGCGGACCCGGAGAGGGUCAAGGUCCAGCUGGCAUCUGAGGGUUUGAUGCUGGAGGAGAUGGGUGGAGAUGUCCAGGUCGUCGAGGUGUCUGCAGUGAACAAAACUGGGUUGGAUCAGCUGGAGGAGGCCCUUCUCCUCCAGGCCGAGCUAAUGGACCUCAAGGCUCGUGUGGAUGGGCCAGCCCAGGCCUAUGUUGUCGAGGCCAGGGUCGACAAAGGCCGAGGUCCACUAGCCACCGCAAUUGUGAAAAAGGGGACACUUGUCUGCGGUCAGGACAUCGUUAUUGGGUCUGAGUGGGGAAAGAUUCGGUGCAUUCGGGACAUGUCAAGGAAUAUGAUCCUGCGGGCCACCCCUUCUAUGCCAAUCGAGAUCGAGGGCCUUAAGGGGCUUCCAAUGGCUGGGGAUGAUAUUGUGGUUGUUGUGUCUGAGGAGAGGGCUCGGAUGCUGAGUGAGGGAAGAAAGAAGAAGGAGAGGCGGAAGUUGGAGGAGGAAGGCGUGGAGAAAUGGAGGCUGGAGGGUGAGGAGCAUAGGAGGCUGAGGCGGGAGCUGAAGCUGAAGGAGGAGGAAGAGAAGAAGGGAAGGAAGAGUUCCGAGGAUGGAAACAAUGAGAGUGAGGGUAAUGAUUCGGAGGAGGAAAGCAAGACGGUUGAGGUCCCGAUUAUUGUGAAAGGCGACGUGCAGGGGACCGUGCAGGCGGUUAGUGAUGCCUUGAAGAGUUUGAACAGUCCACAGGUACUUGUGAAGGUCAUUCAUGCUGGGGUGGGUCCUGUCUCGCAGUCAGAUGUGGACAUGGCGAAGGCGUGUGGCGCGUGUAUCGUGGGGUUCAAUGUUCGGGAUCUGGCUCAUGCUGUCAGCCAGGCAGCCAGCCAGGCCAAGAUAAAGAUAGUACUGCACCGUGUGAUCUACCAUCUCCUUGAAGACAUCGGAAAUCUGAUCGUUGAGCGGGCCCCAGGGACCCUGGAGACUGAGGUAGCAGGUGAGGCCCAAGUGCUCAACAUAUUCGAAGUCAAGGGGAAGGGCAAAGGCAAAGGGGACGAUUUCAAGAUUGCGGGAUGCCGAGUGGUUGAUGGCCGGGUGAGCAAGUCAGCCACUCUGAGGCUCCUGAGGAGCGGUGAGACUUUGUUCGAGGGCUGUUGCGCGUCUCUCAAGAGAGAGCAGCACGAUGUGGAUGCCGUGGGCAAGGGCAACGAGUGUGGCCUCGUCAUCAAGGAUUGGGCCGAUUUUCGGGUUGGGGAUGUCGUGCAGUGCCUGGUCAAAGUCAAACGAAAGCCCAAGUUCGUGUCGUCUGAAAGUGGGGCCGUUCGCAUCGAGUGUUGACGGGUUUUGUCAGGAGUAUAUUAUUUGUUUAGUUCAAAACUCACUCUUUAUUUCUUUUCGUAUUUUUUUUUUCUUCUUUUUUGUUUUUUUUUUUUGGUUGGGGANGCGCGCUAUAGUUGUUCUGCACGAGAUUUUGCUAACUUGUCACAUAUGUGUUGUUACUUGUUAGUAAGAGUUAUUUAUUGAUGAGGUUUGAGUGUCAAAGUAUGCUCAUGGAACAUUUGAACAGGAAUGGUUUUGCUAUGAAUGGUGUGGAAAUUUUUUAUUUUUAUUUUUCU